AUGGCUCCUUCGAGCGACACAGCGACCCUACGAGUCCUCUGCCCAAAGCUGGUUCUCUCUGGGAACCAACAGCCAGGAACUCUCCAAUGGCUCAUUGGCUCCCCAUUUUUCCCGCCUUUCACCGUCGUCUCCACCUUCCGAUGUAUUCAUCAGUCUCCUGAUUUCCAGCUAGAAUCUGAUGAUCUUCGGAAGUUGUUACCGAAAGGUUUUGAAGUCAUUGGAGGUCUGAUAGUUGCGGAGGAUUCUGAUGCUGAGAGUAACGCGCUUGAGGCCGUCAAAGCAGCUCGCAGACUGCGAAAGCAUAUAUCUGAAGGUGGAGAGUUAGAUAACGAGAAGAUCGUUGGGGCUAGUUUCGAUGCAGGAACCGGUACCACCCACUUCUUCAUCUCUAAAACAGAGAAAUCAACAAAACUAGAGCCUGUUGCUUCCGUUGUGUAUGAGGAUAAGUCUGGAAAGUAUUUAUGGGAGAAUGGUUGCUUGCUUCACUGUGAGCUUCCUAUCAAGUUGCCGUUCUAUUUCCCCGCAAGCUCGCCUUCGGAUUCGAAGGAGAUGUUUUCAAAUGCAAUUGAUGGAGUUAUUGCUCAGUUUAAAGAACCAAAUGCUGUAUACAUAGCUGAGACAUUGAAGAAAGCUUCUGGAGAUGUUUCAAAGCCAGUCGUCCUCCGCGGUAAAGAUUUCGGUUUUGGUGCUGAUGCGUCAAACAUUAACCGUCUUGCUGCUGCUGACCAUGUAUCCGACGUUAAGAUGUUAUCUUGUUCACAUCUGUGUCUAGACAGUAAAACCACUGCAGUAGUAAAUUCAGCAGAGAACGCAGAUAAAAUCCACGUAUCUGUUCUCCUUAAUAGAUCUGAAAAAUCUCCAACCUCUGGUGCCCCUGUUGCAGAAUAUUUUCCAGCUAUGGAAGAAGCAAGGCUCAUUGUUGUUGAUUUGAAUCUUGAUGUACUUACGUAUGCACCCAAGGAACUUCCGCUUAUGCAUGCGGUCUCAAAUUUAGUUAUCCCUGCAUUGGUUGAUCAGCUAUAUUCCCUGAAGAAGAUUAUUUUACCACACCUCUUGAUGGACCAUCCUAAGUUGCGUACAUAUCACUUCAAUCCACCUGGAGUAUUACAUCCAGUAACGACUAUAUAUGAGCUUAACUAUGGGGAGACUGAAAUGAAGCAAGUCGAUGUUAGGAAGUCUCUACAUAUAAGGCUUGGUCUGCCACUUGAUCGUCCGCUUCUAAGAACUGCUAAUGCGUUGGAUUUGUCUGUGAACGAUGACUCAAAGAGUAACAUAAAGAAAAGAGGUUCCGUCUUGCUUAAAGAUGUGCAUAUUGGAAUCCCUAGCAGCGGAGUCUCGGAAGGUGUGGCAUCUCUUACCCAAGGUUCUUAUGAGUACUAUCAUUAUCUUCAGGAUAGCUUCGAUGACUCGGGAUGGGGUUGUGCUUACCGAUCAUUGCAAACUAUCAUCUCGUGGUUCAGACUUCAACACUAUACAUCCAUUGCUGUUCCUUCACAUAGGGAAAUACAGCAGACACUUGUGGAAAUAGGUGACAAGGAUCCUUCAUUUAUAGGAUCACGCGAGUGGAUUGGUGCCAUAGAGUUGAGUUUUGUGCUGGAUAAACUUCUUGGUGUAAGUUGCAAGAUCAUGAACUUCAGAUCCGGAUCAGAACUCCCAGAGAAAUGCCGAGAGUUAGCUAUGCACUUUGAGACCCAAGGAACUCCAAUAAUGAUCGGAGGUGGAGUGCUUGCAUACACACUGUUGGGAGUGGAUUACGAUGAAGGAAGCGGGGAUUGCGCGUUCCUGAUCCUGGAUCCGCAUUAUACAGGAAGUGAGGAUCACAAGAAGAUCGUCAAUGGUGGAUGGUGUGGCUGGAAAAAAGCUGUUGAUAGCAAAGGGAAGAGCUUUUUCUUGCACAAUAAGUUUUACAAUCUUCUUCUUCCUCAGCGUCCUAACAUGGUUUGA